UAGCACACAGUUUAUAAUGGUUUCUAUAUCUACUGUUUGAAUCCUAAAAAAGUCCUUCGGUCAGCAGGGCAGGCUUUAAUGGGAACACUUUGUAGAUAUACAAACUAAGUCUCAAAGGGACUUGCCCGGAACUAUACAGUUAGUAAGUUGCUGAACCAAGAGUUAAACCGGGAGUUUGGGUUUCAAGGUCAACCCUCUUGGGUUUUGCUAAAUUGCUAAAACGCAACCUGAGCCACAGGACUCUGAUACUCGUUGCCCUUAUUAACUGGCCACUCGGGAAAAACCAAGUGCCACAGAAACUUGAGGACAUGAAGAACUGGCAGACGAAAGCAUCAGGAACUCCCACUUGAUUACCAUACUUAGGACUUCUUGAGUAAGACUAAAUAACCUAGGAAUGCCCAACAUCUUUUGAGAAAAUUUCUCAAGCUGGUUAUAUAACCUGUGCUUCCCGGGGGUGUUAUGAUUGAUCCAUGGGGAAUGCUAAAGACUGAGCAGGGAAAAGCAAUGUUUCCUCAGUGGGUGACCAUGAAUAAAGCAGUCCAGCUCUGGCCUUAAUGUCACAAGGGUGUGGGACCUGUCGCAUGAUGAACCUCUUUGAGUCUAUCCAAAACCUUGUUGAUCACUAGCCUCUCUCAGAAUAUAAAAUUAUCCCCCAAGGAAUCCGAAACCAUCUCCGUUCCUCUUGCUGUUUCUUGGGACUAUGCUGCUAGCUUCCUGUUCAUUACCUCUGUCCUAAUGUUCAGUUUUGCAAGCCAGGGGUCCUUUUCCAAUUGUUUGAAAAGCUUGUAGGUGAGAGGCAGCAGCUCCGGUUCCUUCACUAUCCGCUGAUUUCAUACAAAAUGAUCUUUUGUCUUUCCAAAGAUAACAAGCACCUUGGAAUAUGUCUCAUUAGCUGCUAAAAUGUAGAGAUGAAAUUCUUCCAUCUAGGGAAGCUCACAGAGAGGCCUUAACUCCAGCCCAGACAGUUAAUUCCCUAACAGUAUCUGGGCCUGGGGCAGGAGAUGCAUGCUGCAGAGCCAGGGGUAAGAGAGCUGCUGCUUUUCCAGUCCUUUCUCGGGUGUAUUUAUCAAGGGCCCGAGGCCAGCCUUGGGUUGUCUGGGAUCAGGAUCUCUUUAUGGGGACACUCAGGACUGGUGACUUCCACUAGGCUGGUGUUUUACUGAGUGGGGGGAACAUGGGCUUCGGUCAAGUGGGGCAAUAGAGUGGCCCAGGUGGGGAACCAGCUGUUGGAGAGAGGGCAGCCCCCACUGCAGCUGUCAAGGAGAAGGUAACCCCCUGCCCCUGUGGGGCCAGUACCAUUCUGGGCCACAGCACAUGCUUUUAGGGGAGCCAGGACAAGUGAUCAGAGGCCGGAGCAGGGCCUAGGCAGGGAUGUGCUCAGGGCACAGACACCAGAGAUUGAAAAGAAAGCAGAUCAAUUCGGAUACCUCUCAUAGUUCCAUUUUGUGCUCAUGCUUAGUAGUCCUCAGUCCAAUACUACGAACCCUUAGGUAAAGUUGUCAGCUGAGCUGGGUCCAGACAUCCACUCCUCUUAAGGAGUCCCAAGUCACACUGUCCUUGCCCUUUGCUCUCUCAUGCAUUCUCCCAAUCAGGGUUUAGGCUCUUCCCUAGGCUGAGCCCCACACCCUUAAGGAACAUCUUUCUAUCAGUGUAGUUCUCUCAUAAGCUGUAUGAGGGCAGACCUCAGAAGGAUACAGAUAAUCUGGAACUCUAGUGCCCCCCGUCUCUGCGCCCGCCCCAACCUCAACAGCAGUCAGAGACCCUGACCCUUAAGUAUCUGAAACAGAAGCUCCUCCUGCCACUAGCUUUUCGCCCAGCUAUAGGGGUAGAGUGAAGAAGGGGAGCCCCCCCUUUUCCACCCCACCAGGGACAGCUCAAGGUGAGACAUUAAAGGAGCCUCAGACACCAUUGAAUGAGCCUGGAAGGGAAGCAGCACUUUCCAGUCUCCUGUCCCCGGCCUUGGCCUGCAGCCCAAUCCAUGGCGGCCCUUUCAGGAGCUUUUAGUGGAAAUUCGCCCAGACUGGCUGGAGUCCGCCAGCCCCUCCCACUGCUCUCUCAUCUCCUCUUCUGUCUGACUGGGACCACCCCCCCACCAGGCCCCUUCUGUAAACAGCCCUCCUCCCCGCCCCAGCACUGGCCUCUCUCACCCCUCCUUCCUUCCACCCCAGUCACCACAUCUCCCUCCCAGGCUUCUCUCUCUCCUGCCAAACCCCUGACUUCCAGCUCCCUUCCACGCCCUGUCUUGAAGCUAGAGGAAGAGAGAGAGAGCCCCUGACAGGACUGAUAGCCAUUCCCCACCCCCUCCCGCCUGCCCCUCCCCCAGUGGGGACAGAUUCCCACUACAAAAGGCAGGAAGCAGAGGCUUCCUGAGACCAGCUGCUCUCACGCUCCUUUGCCUUCUGCUGGCUAGACUGGGCUGUGUCUUUGCUCCCCCUUUCUUCAGGGGACAGUGGGUACCUGCGGUGCCAGGCCCCCUACCUCAUUCCCCAUGAAUGCUGUGGAAAGUCCCGAGGGGCAAGAGCUCCAAAAGAUGGGGAGUGGAGCCUGGGACAACCCUGCCUACAGUGGUCCCCCCUCCCCGCAUGGGACACUGAGGAUCUGCACCAUCUCCAGGGCAGUGCCCCCCCAGCCCCAACCCAAAAAGCCUGAAGAUGGAUCCCAGGAGAAGGCCUAUAGGACCCUGGUAGCCAGCUGCUGCUUCCAGAUCUGUCGUGGCAUCAGAGGACUUUGGGGAACAACGCUGACUGAGAACACAGCUGAGAACCGGGAGCUUUAUGUCAAGACCACCCUGCGGGAGCUGUUAAUAUACAUCGUGUUCCUGGUGGAUAUCUGUUUCUUGACCUACGGAAUGACAAGCUCCAGUGCCUAUUAUUACACAAAAGUGAUGUCCGAGCUCUUCUUACAUACCCCGUCAGACACCGGAGUCUCCUUCCAGGCCAUCAGCAGCAUGGCGGACUUCUGGGAUUUUGCCCAGGGCCCACUACUGGACAGUUUGUAUUGGACCAAAUGGUACAACAACCAGAGCCUGGGCCAAGGCUCCCACUCCUUCAUCUACUAUGAGAACCUGUUGCUGGGGGUUCCAAGGCUACGGCAGCUGAGGGUCCGCAAUGACUCCUGUGUGGUGCAUGAGGACUUCCGCGAGGACAUUCUGAGCUGCUACGAUGUCUACUCUCCAGACAAGGAAGAGCGGCUCCCCUUUGGGCCUCUCAAUGGCACAGCGUGGACAUACCAUUCACAGGAUGAGCUGGGGGGCUCCUCUCACUGGGGUCAGUUGACAAGCUACAGUGGAGGUGGCUACUAUCUGGACCUUCCAGGAUCUCGACAGGCCAGUGCAAAAGCACUCCAGGACCUUCAGGAGGGCCUAUGGCUAGACAGGGGCACUCGAGUGGUCUUCAUCGACUUCUCAGUCUACAAUGCCAACAUCAAUCUUUUCUGUGUUUUGAGACUGGUAGUGGAGUUUCCAGCUACAGGAGGUGCCAUCCCAUCCUGGCAAAUCCGCACGGUCAAGCUGAUCCGCUAUGUCAGCAACUGGGACUUCUUUAUCAUUGGCUGUGAAAUCAUCUUCUGCAUCUUCAUCCUCUACUACGUGGUAGAGGAGAUCCUGGAGCUCCACAUCCACCGGCUUCGUUACCUCAGCAGCAUCUGGAACAUUCUGGACCUGGUGGUUAUCUUGCUCUCCAUUGUGGCCGUGGGCUUCCACAUAUUCCGAACCCUUGAGGUGAAUCGGCUGAUGGGGAAGCUCCUGCAGCAGCCAAACAUGUAUGCUGACUUUGAGUUCCUCGCCUUCUGGCAGACACAGUACAACAACAUGAAUGCUGUGAACCUCUUCUUUGCCUGGAUCAAGAUAUUCAAGUACAUCAGCUUCAACAAAACCAUGACUCAGCUCUCCUCCACGCUGGCCCGCUGUGCCAAGGACAUCCUGGGCUUCGCCAUCAUGUUCUUCAUCGUUUUCUUCGCCUAUGCCCAACUUGGCUACCUGCUUUUUGGAACCCAAGUGGAAAACUUUAGCACUUUCAUCAAGUGCAUUUUCACUCAGUUCCGGAUCAUCCUUGGGGAUUUUGACUACAACGCUAUUGACAAUGCCAACCGCAUCCUGGGACCUGCCUACUUUGUCACCUAUGUCUUCUUUGUCUUCUUCGUGCUUCUGAACAUGUUCCUGGCCAUCAUCAAUGACACAUAUUCAGAGGUCAAGGAAGAGUUGGCUGGACAGAAGGAUGAGCUGCAACUUUCUGACCUCCUGAAACAGGGCUACAACAAGACCCUACUGAAGCUGCGUUUGAGGAAGGACCAGGUUUCAGAUGCACAGAAGGUCCUGCAGGGUGGGGAGCAGGAGAUCCAAUUUGAGGAUUUCACCAACACCUUGAGGGAACUCAGGCAUGCAGAGCAUGAAAUCACUGAGCUCACAGCUGCCUUCACCAGGUUUGAUCAAGAUGGGAAUCACAUCCUGGACAAGAAAGAGCAAGAACAAAUGCAACAGGACCUGGAGGAGAAGAGGGUGGCCCUCAAUGUCGAGAUUGAGAACCUGGGCCAGCCCACUGUGAGUAGUCCACCAGGCAAGUCGGGUCCAGAGGCUACCAGAGCAGGUGGCUGGGUUUCAGGAGAAGAAUUCUACACACUCACAAGGAGAGUUCUUCAGUUGGAGAUUGUCCUGGAAGGAGUCAUGUCCCAGGUGGAUGCUGUGGGCUCAAAGCUAAAGAUGCUGGAGAGGAAGGGGCAGCUAGCUUCCUCCCCAGGCCUGGGAGAUCAAGGCAUUUGGGAGCACCUGCAGCAAACCCCAGCUGUGACUCCAGCCCCCUGGGGAGUCCAGGGUGGGCAGGAGAGUGGUGGGGGAGGGGCCCUAAAGCAUCAGACAGCAGCCUCCUCUCUCAUUGCCUCCCCAGAGACCUCCUCAGGACAUGCCCUCCACUUCUAGGGCAGCAGUUCCCUCCACUGCUACUGCAGAGUCCCAUCCUGUGUUUGGCCUCUUGAACCAAUGUUUAGCUUAGGCUUGUGACUCAGUGUUUCUAUGUGUAGCCAUGUAGCUCUGUGUAGCUCUUUGAGAUAACAUUUGCCACUGGGCCCCUCACUCCCUGUGCUCUCAGCUCUGCUGUGAUGAAAAAAAAAAAGUUAAUAAAGAGAAUAAAGGAAGGGAGGGUUAUGUUCCCUAAGCACCUGGCAUCUGGAUAGCCACGAUUUGUGAAAAAAGUAGAAGCCUAGAGAGCAGCAUUCUCUAAAUGUCUUCCUAUUUGCCAGUGAAUCUUAUCCUUUGUGCAUCUAGAGAUCUGCUGCUAGCACCCAUGGGAUUCUUGUCUUCCUCAUAGUUUCCAGGUGAAAGAGAAGGGGAAGCCUUGGAGGAGAGGAAACUUUCUCACAUGUGGAGAUUAUAAUGUUGCAGAGGUGUUGGAAUGCCCCUCCAUCCAGGGCAAAGACCAUGAAGGCUCAGGUGAGGAGGCUGCUCAUGACAUUCCACUAAACACUGGGAACUGACAGGGCUGUAAACAGGGACAUAGAUGGGGCCUUAGGAGAAUCAGACAAAGAAAUGAUUUCUGGAUUCAGAGAUCUUUGGAAUAAAAUGUGGUGGGCUCUGACACUAUUCUUGCAAAGGACAUAUGGGUUUCUCUGGUGACUAUCAAUAAAAAUCCUUAGAAAAAUCAGGACUUUGCAUUUGCUUCUGGGAUUGUAGGGGGAAGAAGAGAGGCUGGAGCUGUGAACCAUUCUUGUAUUUGGGCUGGAGCACUCAUCCCUGCCAGGAGGGGUAGACUGGCAGCCGUGACAAUGUGAAGGGGCUGAAAUAAGAACUUUUGGCUCAUAGGAAUGAUUUGAAAUGGUGGGCAUUAUGACUGUACCAUUUAGAGAGUGGAGACAGUGACCUAGGGAGACCUGGUCCUCAGGAUGAAAAGAGUAAGGUAGCCCUUACACUGGUAUGAGGGGUAGCUGGGUUGUGUGUGUGUGUGUGCGUGUGUGUGGUGUAGGGUGUUGGAGGUAAGAGGGUGAGAUGGAGAAUAACUAAGAACAGGACUAAAAACUUCUACACUAGGAUUUUGGGUGUAUAGGUCUGUGUCCCAAGACCCACUAUAUACCUUUUUCCCUUCUCCUGUAAUCUUUACCUCUUUCUCAUUUUGCACCUUGCUCCCCAGUUGCUUUUUCUCAUCCAUUCCCUUCUCCCACCCUUUUCACCAUCCCAUCACAUACACUCUAUACACCUAGGAGACUUGUGAAACAGCAAUCAAGAUAACCAGAGUGUAUCCUCAGCCGUAAAAAGUUACAAAGCUUUCUUCCAGAAAGACUGUAUCAGCUGAAGAGAAGUAGGUGCCAACUUGCAGCUCAAGAAAAAGGGGCAAAUGAGUUGUUUAACCAAGACAUUGGAAGGGCCAGUAUUUCGGCUCAGGGAUCAAUGAGUGAAGGUUUCCCAAAGGCUGGAUGAGACUACCUUCAAAAGCAUGGAUUCCCUGAGCAGUCUUUGGCGACGAAUACCAGCCUGGGUGGGGAGUGUCUAGGGAGAGGAUACCCUGUCCCUGUGACUUUGGUCAGUAGCCCGCCAGAGCUAAACCAAUCCCAGAGAGGUCGUGGGUCUUACUACACUAGUGACAGGGAUGAGCGCAUUCUCAGUUCCAGACGUCGAGACUCUUGGCAACGGAUCAACUCACAAUAGCUUA